CCCUCCCACCCCCCCUCUCCCGCGACCCAUCGGACCCGGGACCCGCGACCCAGGACGGUGCUCUCCCUCCUCUACCCCAGCAUCAUGCAUCGGACAACUCGGAUUAAGAUCACAGAACUGAACCCCCAUCUCAUGUGUGCCCUCUGUGGGGGGUACUUCAUCGAUGCCACCACCAUUGUAGAAUGUCUGCAUUCCUUCUGCAAAACCUGCAUCGUCCGAUACCUGGAGACCAACAAGUACUGUCCCAUGUGUGAUGUACAGGUCCAUAAAACACGUCCACUGCUGAGCAUCAGGUCAGACAAAACCCUUCAAGACAUCGUAUAUAAACUAGUCCCUGGACUUUUCAAAGAUGAGAUGAAGCGUCGGCGAGAUUUCUACGCGGCUUACCCUCUCACCGAAGUCCCCAAUGGCUCCAAUGAAGACCGAGGCGAGGUCCUAGAACAGGAAAAGGGGGCUCUGAGUGAUGAUGAAAUCGUCAGCCUUUCCAUUGAAUUUUACGAGGGAGUCAGGGACAGGGAAGAGAAGAAGGGCGCCCUGGAGAAUGGGGACGGGGACAAAGAGAAAAAGACAGGGGUACGGUUUCUGCGAUGCCCGGCAGCCAUGACGGUCAUGCAUCUUGCCAAGUUUCUCCGUAACAAGAUGGAUGUGCCCAGCAAAUAUAAAGUGGAGGUGCUGUAUGAGGAUGAGCCUCUGAAGGAGUAUUAUACACUCAUGGACAUUGCCUACAUUUACCCUUGGAGACGGAAUGGCCCUCUCCCCCUCAAGUACCGAGUCCAGCCGGCCUGUAAGCGGCUCCCGCUGCCCACCGUACCCGCUCCUUCAGAAGGCACCAACACCAGCGGGGCAUCUGAGUGCGAGUCAGUCAGCGACAAGGCCCCCAGCCCCGCCACCCUGCCUGCCACCUCCUCCUCCCUGCCCAGCCCUGCGACUCCCUCCCAUGGCUCCCCCAGCUCCCAUGGGCCUACUACCACCCACACAGCCUCCCCCAGCCCCACAUCUGCACCAGGGGGCACCACCACCAAUGGCGGCACCUCGAACUGCCUGCAGACACCGCCAUCUACCAGCAGGGGGCGCAAGAUGACUGUCAAUGGUACCCCAGUGCCCCCCUUAACCUGAGGACUAGGCUUUCCACCCUGUUUGUGCAGCCUCACUUCUCUACCCCCUCCCCUUUUUCUUGACUUCCCCUAUUCCCUCCUUGACUCAAGGUCCUUCUGCCCCACCUGGAGGGGGGUAGAGGGAGGGGUUGGGCUUUAUAAAUAAAUCUAUCUAUCUAUAUAUAUAUAUAUAUAUAUGUACAUAGGAAAACCAAAUAUACAUACUUAUUUUCUAUGGACUAGCCAGAUUAAUUUAAAAGCUGCAGGAAACAGAGACCUUACAUGUAUGUGUGCAGGUACGGGUGUGGAUUAUGUGUGUCUGGGUUUUCUUCAUUCAUUUUUAAGGGAACUGCAUGAUUUACUCUGGCUCCUUUCCCUUUGGGAUUAUCUGUUUAGGUGGGAAAGGGAAGGGAAGUAGAGUCUUUGGGGCUGGGUCUGCCCCAUCUUCCUGCUCUCCUCGCUCCUCGAGGAACAGACUGCCUCUGUUCCCUUUGGGGAUCCCCUCCUCCAAGACCCCAGAGCUUUAGGUAGCCCCAGGUCCUGCAAGGACAGCACACCCACCUGGCAGAAGCCGCCUUGGCUCUUAAAGGCAGCUUUUGGAGAUGGGGUGUGAUCAUACAGGGGAGGAGGGGGUGGGGACGAAGGUGGGGAGAGCUCGAUUCUCUACCCCACUCAUGCUUCCUUCGUCGCUCCCACCCACCCCCAUGCUUAACGUAGGGAGCUUUUCUCAGACAGUGCCUUUUGCAAAUGCGGUUUGUCCUUCAGUUCUGAGGGGGGAGAUCUGGAGGGGUGGGUGGCAGUAGUUCCCAACCUCUCCCCUUCCCCCCUGCCCCCAGCCUUGUAGCUUCUGUGGAUAGAUUAGAUUCUUUUUCCUUUUGUUUGUGCCCUUUUUGGCAUUAAUCUUGCUGAAGGAGAGAACUUGAGGGGGGAGGGGGAAAGGAGGCAUCAGAAGCUCUUGAACCCACCUGGAAGCUUUCCCAGUGUGGACACUUCCCCUCCCCACCCACCCCCCCACUCCCAUUCCCCUUAACUGAGGCCGCAAGUGAAGUCCACCUUUGGGACUUUGUGGGGAGAGGGCAUUUGAACCUCACAGAAGCACACUGACCCCAAACUUGGGAAAAGUCCCUGGGAGGGUCAGCAGUCCCCCUCCCCCUGCCCAGGGGCCCCAAGUUCAGGACACAUGUAAAGGGGGAUCUCAAAGCACAAGACAAAGGUAGGAUUACCAGGGUCCCUCUUUCACCAGGACUGUUGCCUGCAGAUUGAACAGACACCUUAGUUUGGGGUGGGAUGGGUUAGGGUUAGCCCCAUACGAUGGAAGGCUGAAUUACUUUGUUACAGGGCUGGGUCGGGCUCCUCCUCAAGCAACCCCAGCUUGGCCCUGUCACUCCUCUAGUGUAAAUAGUGAGAAGGUGGGAUGGGGUAAGGAAACAGGGCACCGAUCCCUGACUCUUCUGUAGGGGUACAAUCAACCAAAUGGCUUUGUCUGUGUGCAUCCUGUCCUUGUUGCGGGUCCUGUGAUCUGUGUGUGUCCCCUCCUGCCCUUCCUCCCCCCUGCCUUGGCGUUUGUACGACUAAUCAGCUUUGUAAUAAAUGCUGCAGAUUCUC